AUGUCGAGCUCUUCGAAUUCCCAGCCCAACAUGGAUGAGGACGAGCGGCCCAAGGUUGACGUGGAAUUGCAUGCGUCCAGCUUCGAUUCAAUAUCUUUGUACACUCACCGCGCAGACCGUAAGACAGUCACCAAGUCUGGGAGUAAUUGGGGUUCCGAGGAAACAGAGCUAUUUCGUAUUUGCUACAAAGGCACUAGAGACCCUCGCUGGCCCAAUUCACCGCCCUCGUCGCCACUGUCUAACAACUCCUUGUGGGCUGAAUUUGUCAAAAACACCGACAGGAUUCUCUAUCGAACCAACAAAGAGAUAAGGUCACACUUCAGAGACUUAUCCAGAUUCUUCCUUGCGCUGGCCAACCUCCUUCGUCCUUCGGUAGCUUCAACCUCAACACGAUCAUCAGAACGCACCUUGAAAGCAAGGCAACUGCCAGACCAGGCCUCGAAGCAAUCAGUCCACGAGUGCAUCGGCUCGUCGUCCCCGACUCAACCCUCGUCGCAGGAAUCGGCGUAUGACCCGGCGUUAAAUGCAAACGACGAUGACUUGGACGAGGAACGAGAGCGGAAGCAAGCUGAGGUCGCAUCGUCUAGUCUGGCCGCGGAAUUCAUCUCCUUGGUCAUCGAUGUCUUCUUGGAUCAACCCAUUUCUUUAAAGAAGCGGCUUGCAUUUCGGGAAUCACCAACCAAGUUCAUUCUUGCCAAUCAAAAUACGGUGAAAAGCAAAUGCUUCGAUGACGGCUCCAUUAUCUGGCACGAAUUUGAUACUGUGUCCCAGCAGUGGACAUUAGGCAAACAUGUUUGUAGCGUGGAGACUAAACCUAGCUUCAUCCAGAGCGACGAGGAAGGGAAAGGAAAGAUAUCGGCAGAGAUGAUCCCACAGUACGCUUGUGAACUGAUUGGGGCUGUUACGCAGCGAACGAAGGAUGAGCCUCUGAAGAUGAACGUCAGCCGGUGGCAGCCUUUGAUCGUAACACACUCGUGUUACAUGACUAUUCUGUCGACAACGUUUUACCCUACGUAUCUUGAAUACAUCAUGGGCACCAGCAAUGAACCCGAUGUCGAUCCUCCAUUUUUGGAAAUCUAUUGUACGAAAACACAUAAUCUUAAAACGUCGGUGGGUCGUAAAAACGCGGCCGAGGAUCUUCUUAUACUUUGUGAGAAACUACGGGCAGAUGAUAGGGGUGGGGAAGUGGGGGACGAAGAGAGUGAUAAAGAAGAAAGUGAUGGAGGAGAUUAG